AUGUCAAAAUCAACUCUAUCAGACUUGGUAGAUCAGUAUCGGCCCGACCUUCAACCGUUGGAGGAGCUUUACAAGCAUCUCCAUCGCAACCCCGAGCUCUCCAACCAAGAAGUCGAAACAGCUGCGACUAUAGCCAAAAGACUCAAAGAUAUCGGCCCAGAUGAUCUCGUCAUAAAGCCUCAUAUUGGCGGUCAUGGCUUAGCUGCGGUUUUCCGCAAUGGAGAUGGCCCCACUGUCUUACUUCGUGCAGACAUUGAUGCGUUGCCGGUCGAGGAGACUACAGGCCUAGAGUAUGCAAGCACCAAGCGCAUGAUUCAUGCUGCGAGCGGAGUUGAGAAGCCUGUUAUGCAUGCUUGCGGUCACGAUAUGCACAUCGUGACGUUACUCGGUGCUGCGGCGACUCUUUUCUCGUCCCGGGAAUCCUGGGCUGGAACUUUGGUGCUGGCGUUUCAGCCAGCUGAGGAGCGCGGUACUGGCGCCCAAGCUAUGAUUGAUGAUGGUCUUUACACCAGACACAAUGUUCCUGUUCCGGAUUUCGUUCUGGGAGCACAUGUGAGACCUUUACGUGCGGGUACGAUCGGUACACGAAGAGGACUUGUUGCCACAAGCGCGGAUAACUACAAAGUUACCAUCCACGGCAAAGGUUCGCAUGCGAGUAUGCCCCAUACAGCCAUUGAUCCCAUAGCCAUUUCAGCGAACGCUAUUCUGAAGUUGCAGACACUCGUCAGUCGAGAGGUCGACCCAGCGGAGUCAAGCGUGGUGACCGUCACGAGUAUUCAUGCCGGCGAUGCUGAGAAUGUUAUUGCCGACUCGGCCGUUCUUGGCGUCGACACUCGAUCUACUACCAUCGCUACUCGCGAGCAUCUUUUGAAACGUAUAAAAACAGUCAUCGAAGCAGAGUGCUCGUGCGCCAACGUUCUCAAAAGUCCAGAGUUUGAGCAAACCCGAGCUUUCCCUCUGACGAUUAACGACGAAGCCGUUACUAAAAGAGUUGAAGAGACGUUUGCGGCGCACUUUGGCGAAGAAACAGGAAAAUAUGAUAGGAACAUGCCGAAACUGGCUUUCAGUGAGGACUUUUCGAUCUUGGCUACCGCUGUUAACAAGCCGUAUUGUUUCUUCACAUAUGGGUGUGUUGAUGGAGAAGUUUGGGAUAAGGUCGAGAAGGAGGGGACUGUAGCGCAGAGUAUUGCUGCGAAUCAUUCUUCUAAGUUUGCUCCGGUGAUUCAACCGACGCUCAAGACUGGGUUGGACGGAUAUGCACUGGGUGCCCUCACAUUUUUAGCAAAGGGACAAUAG